AUGCGUAAGCCCCCUCGCUCGUAUGAAGUUAACGAGUUUUACAACUGGCUUUACUACAGGAUCAAGCUGCAAUACAGAUUUACACAGGGCUUCCUGAGCGUAGGUCAUUACGCUACUAAGAAGAGUGCAGCACAGAGCAUGUUGGAUGUGGCGCUGCUAAUGGCGAACUCAUCUCAACUAAAGACAGUACUGCAUGCAGGGCCGCAGCAUCGCUUUUAUGUUGCUCUUAUUGUGCUUAUCUCCUUUUCCAUCUCGCUGCAGGUCAUUGUUGGCCUCUUAUUAAUAUUCAUUGUUAAGUAUGACCUGAAUGAUGCUAAGAAACAGCCAAGGCUAAACACAAUGAAUGAUGCGGCCACUAUUUUUGUGUUCUUUACUGUUCUUAUCAACAUCUUCAUCACAGCGUUGGGAUUUGAGUCUGGACAGUAAGCAAAUCUUGUUAAUAAAUGUAAUCUUUUUUCAAAACAUAAAAUAUAGUCAAUCAUUUGUGAGUUCAGUUAACUGAGGUAAUGUUUGGAUUAGUAUUUUAUUUUAAAUAAACUUUUAAGUGAGCAGCCAGAAAAUGUUUUUUUUCUAUAAUAUGUUUGUCUAUGUUUGUCAUAUUGCAACUCUUUAUUCUUCACAUCAAAAUAA